AUGAAAGCCAUCACUGAGGCAAAAGCAUCUAAAGCUCUGCAGUUGCUGGCCCAUGACUGUCCAUCACUCCUGUGGCCGCCAGCUGGACGGAAUAUUUCUCCCCUCACUGAGCCGAACUCAGGACUUCCGGUCGGUGCACCCCAAGCCAUCCGAGAGACUAGCUCUAGAAAAUCCUCCGUCGAGACACCUUUAUUUACCCAAGUGACAUCAACCAUGACAACCACCUCCCCCACCUUGGCUGCUACAGCCUCAGACUCAAGCUUCCGGACGGCGAUCGGGCCAGCUUCGAGUCCCGUACACGCGACCCCAGGACUCAGCAUUGGGACCCCUGCCUCUACUGGGCCACUUGCGCUACAAGUACUCUCUGGAUUUUGGGAGCAGAUGGCUAAGCUUCAUCAGAGUUCAGGUGCUGUCGAUCCGCUACUUGAUUUCCCGACUUUCAGAUUUGACGUGUCCGCCCAGGCCUCCCAGGCAAUGCGGACAGAUCAAGAUACUGCUGGGGCUCUUCUCAGCAUGUUGCAUGCGGCGGCUAUGGCCGCAACAGCCGUAAAAUCUGGCGGAGUCUCCAAAUCAGGUAGGAAAUUUGUGAUUAUUUAUACUUCCUGA